UUUUUCUUACUCUUCCAAAGCCGCAAGCUUUUCCUAUUGUUUCUCAUUUUCUUGACCACCAAGUAACCAACGCGCUCCCUAAAUGGCAGCGGACAAAGCAGCUCCGGCAUCGGCGAAGCUCAAGAUAGCCGGAGCAUGGACUGGUGUUCUCGAAGUGCAAUUGGAGUCAUGGACUCUGCCGAUGCUCCGGGAGGAUGUGGCCCGGCGAUCGGGAGGCUCCCCCGACUGCAUCAAACUGAUCUGUGGCGGGGGGAGGCUCCCCCGACUGCAUCAAACUGAUCUGAGCCUACAACAGCUCGGCCUGCGAAACAACUCCAAGGUACUCGCCAGUGCUACUUCUCCCGACGAGGGUAAAGCUCUCAAGAAAGAGGAGGCCGAUCAGGCCGAUCGCUCCAGCAAGCUCUCUAGAAUCAGGGCUGCUGCAGAUGCAUUGGCUCUGAGGCAUGCAGGUGGUUCACUUCCAGUGGAAGAUUUUAAUCUAGAACUUGAGAAUCAAAGUGGCCAGAAAGUGAAUUUUGGAUCUGAAAAUGAUCAAAGGGCUGUGAUGAUGGGUUUAAUGCUCCAUGAAAAUGCUAAAAGCCUUAUAAAAAAGCAGAAGUUUAAAGAUGCACUUGAUGUUCUCUCCAUUGCUGAGGAAGCAUUUUCAUUAUGUGAUUCUAAAAUUAUUGAGAUGAUUGAUAAUGUGCCAAUACUUCAACUAGACACCGUCUGGUGUUACUUCAUAUUACGGGACAUUUCAUGCUUAUCAAUGGCUGGAACACGUCUUGCUAAGUGUAGAGAAGGGUUUCAACGCUCGCAUGGCAGGGAUAAUAGUCGGUUUAGACUUCUCCAAGCAGGUCGUCCUGCAGAGCUUGCAUUAUACGUGAGGCUCGAACUUCUGGAAGGUGUGGUGGCUUUCUAUAGUGGCAACCAAGUAGAAUCCUACAAAGCCUUGAGUGCCGCGAAGUCUAAAUUUGAUCAGCUUCAAGUGCCAGAUGAGGCUUUGUCACUACUCAUGAGCAUGGGUUACAAAGAAAGGGAAGCUAAGAGGGCUUUAAGGAUGAAUGGUCAGGAAAUCCAGAGUUCUGUGGAUUUUCUUAUUGAGGAGCAAGCAAAGAAAGCCCGCAGACAUCAGGAAAACAUCCAGCGACAAAAUGAGAUAAUGGAACAGAAAAGAUAUGGCAUGACAAUCAAUAGAAGGUCUGUCAACAUACGAAGUUUGAAUGACUUGGCCUCCAUGGGGUUUGAGAGGUACCUGGCUGCUGAAGCUCUUCGUGUGAAUGACAACGACACCCAAAAAGCGUUAGAUCUCUUGACUGAUCCCGAGAAAAACUGUGCUCUUCAGCAAAAAAUUGAUUCAAAGAAGCGGAGUAGGCAGCAGAGACAGGCAGCAGUGGCGAGAGCUCCAAUACAAACUGUAGAUCCAAGUGAUAAUUCUGCAUCCAUUACAGUGGCGAGAGAUCCAAUACAAACUGGAGAUUCAGGUGAUAAUUCUGCAACAGCAAGUAGCAUGCUAGACUUCGAAAGUGGAAGCCAUGAAUUGGAUAGCCAGGACUCGGCAGGGUCACCCAACGAAGAUAGGGAUGAAGAGAUGGAGGAUGUGCUUGCGAAGGGACUGACUGGAGAUGCAUAUGCAGACUAUGAUCUUGAUGUUUCCAAGGAAGGGGAGGCCAUAGCUGAGUACUUGGCCUUGCUGGAAUCUGCUACAGGCAUGAAGACUGUCUCCUCGUAAGCUUAAUUCAGAUAUAAAAGCGAGAAACUAGUGAUGCUGAAGAUUUCCCUAUCUAUACUACAUGUAUAUGUAUAUAAUCUUAUUUAAA